AUGGAGAAGGUAGUAAUUUUUUUUUUUCUGUUUUUUGAAGCUUUGAGUGGGACGUAUUCUUUACGUACUACUAAUGCAGGAGCUCCGUCUUCACCGACCAGCUUACCACUUUCCACUACUGUAGCGUGUGGAGUUUCGUUGUCGGAGGUCCCUUUGGCAUGCAACAUCCGCCAGUUAAGCAAAUUAAAGCGGUUUCUGACAACUCUGGAACAGUUUGGGAGUGACAUUUCACCGGAAGUAUGUGAAAAUGUACAUAACCUUAUUCUGGGCUUAGUGGAUUCUUCUUUAAGCGUUGAAGAGUUUCACCGAAAGGUUCAAGCUGUUACAGGUUAUCCUCUCCGACCGUUUGUUGUUCCAUUCUUAAAGUCUCACUUGCCAAUGCUGCAAACUGAGGUUCUACAUUUUGCUCGGUUAACCAAACAAACACCGCAGCAGUAUCUGAAGCAGUACGAGCAAGCCGUGUUAGAUUCAGUAGCGCACCCUAGUGGAGAACCUUUUGAGAUAUUUCAACCAGAAAGUAAGGAGAAUAGAAAGAGGCGCACGCCCUCUCACAGGUUAGAAAUGUUACAUUGAUAUACUAUUUACGAA